GGCUGGGGAGGAAGCGUGCAGGGAGUGCCCGGGCUGUGUAUACUAUGAGCAGUGCUGGGGAUUUGGAUUUGGCUCCUAUGGCAGAGGCCGCUCAGCUAGUGACCAGCCCGCAGCCCAUGGCUGAUAACCGGGACUCUGAGAUGAAGCGUCACCGGAUCACAGACAGCUCUGGCGAGGAGGAUCCCGAGCUCGGACGCUGUGGUUGGGUUCUGCUCAUUGUGUCAUACAUCCUCAUCGUGAUCACAUUUCCCAUAUCAAUAUGGAUGUGCAUAAAGAUUGUGAAGGAAUACGAACGUGCCAUCAUUUUCAAGUUUGGGCGUAUUAUGCGUGGAGGCCCAAAGGGGCCAGGUAUGUUCUUCAUCGUCCCCUGCACAGACAACUUUAUUAGAGUGGACUUGAGGACCAUCACAUUUGACAUUCCACCCCAAGAGAUUCUGACAAAAGAUUCUGUGACCGUCAGCGUGGAUGGCGUUGUCUACUACCGAGUCCAGAACGCCACUAUGGCGGUGGCUAAUAUCACCAAUGCAAACUCCGCCACCCGCCUGCUAGCCCAGACCACUCUCAGGAAUGUUUUGGGCACUAAAAACCUGUCGCAGAUCCUUUCUGACAGGGAGGAGAUCGCCCAAAGCAUGCAGUCUUCCCUGGACGUUGCCACAGAUGAUUGGGGUAUCAAGGUGGAGCGCGUGGAGAUUAAAGAUGUGAAAUUGCCGGUUCAGCUGCAGAGGGCGAUGGCGGCUGAAGCGGAGGCCACUCGGGAAGCCAAAGCCAAGGUUAUUGCAGCGGAGGGUGAAAUGAAUGCGUCCCGUGCGCUGAAGGAAGCGGCGAUCGUUAUCUCGGAGUCUCCUGCCGCCCUGCAGUUGCGUUACCUCCAGACGCUGAACACCAUCGCUGCGGAGAAGAAUUCCACCAUCAUCUUCCCGCUGCCCAUUGAUAUGCUGCAAGGACUCAUGGGAGGCAGGCAGUGAUUCUCUGGCCCAAGCACGGCCCUCCUGGAGGAGGGUUGCUCUAGCUAGUGGGAGGAGUCCAUUUGCUAAGAACAUACAGUGCAGCGGACGUGCGCUUCUGUCUUUUAAAAGAGCCAUAGGGUCCUCUCUACCAAGACAUUUAAUGUACCCCUAUAUACUCUAUAUCCCAAGCUUCAUUGUAAAACAUGCAGAAACAAAAACAUUUUUAUCCUUUUUAUAAUAUACUAGGUGCUUCAUCGCGCCCUACGGGCGCUCUUCACACCGUCGCAAGGGGCUCCGCCCCAUUACCCUUGCAUGCCUUUCUGGGGUUCAAUAUUUGUAUUAUAUGGAGUAUUACCUGCAUUCCUUUGUUAAUGGUUAUAUAUUGCACAAUGAAAGGGCGUGCGAUGGUGAAGGAGGCGC